GCUGCAGGAGGUGGAGGAGGAGGAGUCUCUGCGCAGCGUCACCGCGCACACCCGGAAGUAAACACUCUGACCACGUGGGCGGGAGAAGGCGUCGCCGCGCAGGGUCGAUGUUUAAAAAACUGAUUUUGAUAUUUUCCAGGUACUGAGCUUUUAUUUUUUCUUUAUUUAAUCCACAGGGGGUCACAGCUUCAUGCGGUGUCAUGAGGGGUCGCAGCCAUCGAGCUGGACGAGCAGCGAGGAAGAGGAGGCAGAAAUGUGAAAGCUCCGUCCAGUCGGUGUCUCUGUGUCAUCAGCUCCAGUACGUGAGGCUCAUGAAGUUUCUCCACCAGCGAGGAUUCACCUCCUCCCUGCUGCAGCCGGCUCUCUUCACCGACACAGGUAGAGGGUUGCAGACUCUCAAAACUAUAAAGCCCGGCCAGCUCGUCAUUUCUCUGCCAGAGUCGUGUCUCCUCACAACCUCCACUGUCCUCAUCAGCGACCUGGGGCCGUUUAUCAAGAGCUGGAAGCAGCGUCUCUCUCCCCUGGUGGCUCUCUGUGCGUUCCUCGUGUGUGAGCGGCACAGAGGAGAAGCCUCUAACUGGUUCCCCUACAUCGCUGUGCUGCCUUCCACUUACACCUGCCCCGUCUAUUUCACAGACGACAUCAUGAGGCUUCUGCCUGCCUGUGUGCGGAGCAGGGCGUUAGAGCAGAGGGAGGCGGUACGAGAGCUCCACUCCUCCAGUUGGGACUUCUUCAGAUCCCUGCAGCCAAUCCUGAGUCUGCCUGUGGAGGAGGUGUUCACAUAUGAAGCACUGAGGUGGGCGUGGUGCAGUGUCAACACACGCUCCGUCUUCAUGUCCCACCCAUCCAACGACUUCCUGUCCGGACAGGAUGUUUACGCUUUAGCUCCUUUCCUGGACCUGCUCAACCACCAGCCUGACGUGCAGGUAAAAGCGAGUUUCAAUGACGUGACGAGAUGUUAUGACAUCAGGAGCGUCUCCGGGACACCGUGCUACCAGCAGGCCUUCAUAAACUACGGUUCCCAUGACAACCAACGCCUGUUGUUAGAGUACGGCUUCGUCGCCCCCAACAACCCUCACAGUGUGGUGUAUGUAGACACAGAUCUUCUCUGUGACGUUUUAAGAGGCGACAGGAGUUUGAUCCAGAAGAUGAAGUUUCUUCAAGAGAACAAACUGGUUCAGAACCUGACUGUGUCCAGCGACGGCCUCAGUUGGAGGCUGAUGACGGCUCUCAGGCUGUUGUCCAUGCCACAAACACUGUAUCACCAGUGGAAGGCAGUGUUGCUCGGCCAGGCGGUGUGUGAAGAGAGGGAGGAGUGGAGCGUCCGCACGGCUGAGACGCUCUGUCAGCGACUUCUACAGGACACACACACCGCUCUGGAUAAGAUCUCCGUCCUGCUGCAGCAGUGUGACCAGUCCGUCAGGGAGCAGCUUGACGUGGUCCAGUCACUGCGACAGGAGGAGAGGUGCAUCCUGGGACGCUGUCUUGAGGCACUGCGAGGCAUGAUGACACAACCGGACGAACCGUUGCCAUGCCAACCUGAUGUUGACACUGUGAGCUGACAUCUGAUUGGUGCGCUUGUCUGCUCAUUGCAAUUGUUGUUAAUAUCACUGGAGUAACUGGAGACGCUGGCCAGUCUCCAUGUUCCUGUUCUGCUUGUCGACCAGUGCGGCUGACAGAGGCUGCAGGACGUCCUGUGAUCAGGUUUGAUUCCUGGUACGCUGCAAGACAGUGGGACGCUCACCACGACCAUCAUUAGAGCCAAGGUCUCAGACACAGUUUACUAGAAUGACUCCUGUAUCCCUCUGGACUCUUAAAGAGAGAAAUGUUUUAUCAUGUUUUAAUUGUUUUUAUUUAUUAAUGAAAUGUCACAGUACAGUAAUAAAAAAAAAAAGAUUCUCUUAAUUCCAAGAGUUUAAUUUGAUCGUUCAAGUAAAGUAACAUCACACAAGACUUUUUAUGACGGCAACAUAAAUUGCGAUUCCUGUUAUAUUAUAAAUCGAGAUGGAGCGUUAGCCUUGGUGGAGGAAUCUGCUUUCUGAGCCUCCAUCUAGUGUAAAGUUUGUGUUUAUUGAGUUAAAUAUAGGUUUGUGGAUUCUCAGAGAAAUAUAAUGUGACAAACAGUGAUCACAGAGGCCUUGAUAUGAGUCACUGUCACAUGGAAUCACCCAUUCACAGGCUGGAUGUGAGAAUUAGAGCGUGAAUGUGUAUUUGAAGGGAAAUCCCUUCAUAUGAGUUCUUGUUUCUCAGUGUUGUCACAGUAAUGAAAGGACGACUUAAGGUUUAUCUCCUUUAUCUUCCACAUGAUGUUCGUUCUGACUUGUUUCAGCCCCGAGAAACAAUUAAACGUAAAAACAAUCGUG